AUGUGGAUGCUUAUUCUGCGUAUGGUGCCAUUAAGCAAGAUGAAGGAAUGUGGGAAGAAGAAAGUAACAUUGAAGGAUGUAGAUGAGAAGAUGGAGUCAAUGAAGUCAAGUAAAGUGAGAGGUAGGAUGAAUAUUUCUGUCGUUUACUUCUUAGCCAACAUAAUUGUUAGGAAGACGAAGACAGAAUAUGAAGGACAUUCGCAUAUAGUGAAGAAUUUAAAUGAGAAUGUGUCUGAACGUGCAAACAAAGUGUUUCUUAGUUUCAUUAUUCCUAUGGAGUUAAAUAAGAAUAACUGUCAUAAUGUGUUGUCUGAUUCUUUGUAUCUCCUAGCUUAUGAGGCAAUUCCAGCCCUUGGUAGACAUUUUAGAGAAGCUGUUGUAGAAGCUGAGGAUAGCUGUCCAAGGAUGUGCAAGAGCAGGUUCAAGAAAGGAGAUUUGAAAGGUUUUGCACUUUCGGAAAUAAAUUCGCAACUUGGUGCAACAAAGGAUCAAAGUGUGUUGGCUCCAUCGAAUGAUGAGAAGCAACUGCUGGCUCUCAUCAUGGAUGAUGAUGAGAAGCAACUGCUGGCUCUCAUCAUGGAUGAUGACGAUAUAGACCAAGAUGUAGCGGAUUAUGUUGUUGAUGAUGUCAAUAGCCAAAAGAACAAAGGGAAAAAAGCAUCGGGUCCUAAAACACCAGCUCGUAAAACCGCAUCGACUCCUACAAAUGAGGUAGAGAAACUGAUUGCAGGCUUAGAGGGCUUGAAGAAAUCAGUGGAAGAUGGGUUUAUGGAAAUGAGAAAUAAGUUAGAUGAUCAUGACAAAAGAAUCGAAAAGAUGGAGCUGUAUGUGGGUGAAGAGAAGAACAGAAAUCAAGAAGACGAAGAGAAUCGUCUUAACUUCUUUGAUGCAGAUUACCAUGGCGAUGGUGAGGAGGCAAAUGAUGGCGCUGGUUGUGCUGGGAAGAAGCAAACAGAAGGAGAGAAUGUGGAAGAGAAUGUGGAGAAGGAUAAAGAACAGAAUGAGGAAGGAGCUGAUGUGGAGAAGGAUAAAGAAGAGAACGAGGAAAUAGACGGAGAAGUGCCAACCUGUGUAACCAGGACUAGUGGACGAAAAAGGAAAAAAAUCACAAUACAAACAAACCCCUUUUACAGAAGAUAA